GGGGGUCUUUAACAUGUACCUCAGUUUUUAGUAAAAAUAGUAGAUAUUGAAAUAUUUGUAAUAUUUUUUUUAAAGUGAAGAAAUUUGUAGUAGUUUUGGAAGUUAAAAAGUUGUUUUUCAGUUAAUUUUUUCUAGAAAGAAGAAGAAAGGAAAUUGAAAUGGAUCAACUAAGGCCCGUAACCCGUCUUUAGUCAAGUUGGAAAAUCUGAAAAUACAAAUAUUCUCCCGGUGAACACUCUCCCACCCAACGUCUCCCCCCCAUCUCGCCCACUCUUCUCAUCGGCGACAUCUAAUCCCUCGUCAUUUUCACAGCGAAUCACACAAAGAGGAAGCAAAAAUGGUAACGUCUUCGGUUGUGAACACAUAUCCACUGUCCAGCUAUACCUUUGGUACUAAGGAACCUAAAAUGGAGAAGGACACCUCCGUUGCCGAUCGCCUUGCUCGUAUGAAAGUCAACUAUAUGAAGGAGGGCAUGAGGACUAGUGUCGAAGGAAUUCUCUUGGUACAAGAACACAAUCAUCCUCACAUCCUCCUUCUGCAAAUUGGGAACACAUUCUGCAAACUUCCAGGUGGACGCUUGAAACCAGGAGAGAACGAAAUCGAGGGUUUGAAAAGGAAACUCUCUAGUAAACUUGCAGCUAAUUCUCCUGGCCUUCAGCCAAAUUGGCAGAUAGGUGAGUGUGUGGCCAUCUGGUGGAGGCCAAAUUUUGAAACUAUAAUGUAUCCAUACUGCCCUCCACACAUAACAAAACCCAAGGAGUGUAAGAAGCUCUUCGUUGUUCAUCUAUCUGAAAGAGAGUACUUUGCUGUCCCAAAAAAUCUGAAGCUUCUCGCAGUGCCAUUGUUUGAACUUUAUGACAAUGUUCAGAGAUAUGGACCUGUGAUAUCCACGAUUCCUCAACAGCUUUCCAGAUUCCAGUUCAACAUGAUCCACCCAUAGAUUAGGAGGUUAUGGACAUUCAGGAGCUCCUCCUCGCAUACAAUCGUAAAAGACAAGAUUUUUACUUGAAUUCCUAUUUUGAGAAAUGAUAGCCUUAUUUUCUCUGUGAUUCUUUCUUUCCAGUAGGCACAUCUACCGACUUUCGUGGAUGUUUAUUUGUUUUCGACUGGCUUCUUUCUUAUAGACAUUAUAGGUGUAUUGUUGAAAGCUAUGAUUGCCUCUGUUGUAAUGUACAAUAUUUGCUCGUUGCUGUUUUAGAUGGAAUAGUGCUGCCACAUUUCAUUA